AUGACAAUCCUAACAGCCGUUCUCGUGUUGGCAAUCAUCACCACAAUCUACAUCAAUCCAAGCUUCACUCAGACAACCUCAGAUCACUUCGGGAAAGCGAUCCCAGGCAGUGGCGCUUCAUUUGCGCAGGAAGAGCUAGAUUACGAGAAAGGUGUCGCGAAACCAGUGCCCUACACCAUUGAUUAUGACCUCCACGAGAUCAAAAUUGGCAAUGUCUCCGACACACACUACUUGGUCAAGAGCAUAUCCGGCGAGGAUGGCAAAUACGUCACCUUGGACUUUCUGGGUCACACGGGGUUGAACCCAAGCAUCAUACCACACCCGUACAUCAAGAAUCACUUCAUGAUGGUGGCGCAGCGGGAUAAAGAUGAGAGGACAUUUUCGCCGUUUUUUGCUGAGAUGUGGUGCGAGGCGAUCUGGAAUGGGAAGACGCUGCGGUGCAACGAGUCCACGAGUAUCCUCCCGGUGACAUUCUCGACAAGCAACAACUGCGAUGGCAAGAAAGAUGGCAUGCUGGCGAUGCUCAACAUGAACAUUGGUCCGCAUGAUGCUCGCGUGUUCAUGGGCCCAAAGAGCUCUCCCUACAUCAUGUACGGAAGCCAAUCUGACCACGACGAUAUGUGCUUCGGCCAAUGGCUGCAAGAUUUACGCCUCCUUGUGGAAUGGGGUCCAUUCAUUGACAAGUCGAUUCCUUUCGCACAUGCCGUCUCCAUCCGACGCCCACCACCCCAUCGUCCAGUGGAGAAGAACUACUUCAUCUUCUGGGGCCCUGAUGAUGAAAUGUAUGCGCACUAUGACCUUGAGCCACGCCGUUCAUUCAGCAAAAUUGACGUCGCCGGCCAACACUCUGGAAACCUGGCGCGCAAGGCCGCUGCGACAGACGAUCCUUGUUGGGAGCGUUUCGUGAAAGAGACCGCGUUCUCCAACGGUACCCACCAAGCAACCAAUUCCCUGUCCGUCACCAUGUGCAAUCGUGCGGAUCCCGCAUGCAAGCCUACGGCCGCGAACACGAAAAUCUUCACGAUUUUCCAGAAGAAAUUGAGCUAUGCGGGCCAUGCUUACUACCUGCCCUAUGUCAUGAUCUUUGACAGCACGCCACCCUUCGCCAUCCGCAGCCUCUCGGCCAAGCCGUUCUGGAUCCACGGACAACGUGCUGGCGGAGAGCCAAUGAAGCCCGAGGAAAUGAGGACUGUGCACGGCAUGAUCGACUACGCUGCGUAUCAGCAUGAGAUGCUCUACAUCACGAGUAUCAACUGGAAAGUCCAAGAACUCGACUAUCAUGGAUACAUGGACGACGUGCUAUGGCUCGCCUUUGGCCGCGAGGAUACAUGGAUGGCUGCCAUCGACGUCACACCUGAAAUGCUCUUCGGAGACAUGGAAGAGAUGAUCCACUGCCAAGCCGAAUAG